CCCGGCUUCCUGCGGCUGACCUUCGUGCCCGCGUCCCUGGAGCACCUGUACCAGACCUACUUCAAGAGGCAGCGCCACGAGACCCUGCUGGUGCUGGUGGUCUUUAGCCCGGGGGCUGAGUGCGCCGUGGUCUUCUCCGCGGACAAGCUGGCUCCUCUCGUGGUGGCGGGCGUGGGGCUGGCGUUGGACGUCCUCCUCUUCGUGCUGUGCCGGAGGGGGCUGCUCCCCAGCCGGGUCACCCGGAAGGUGGUGCCCUACCUGCUGUGGCUGCUGAUCACCGCCCAGAUCUUCUCCUACCUGGGCCUGAGCUUCCCCGGCGCCCACGCGGCCAGCGACACGGUGGGCUGGCAGGCCUUCUUCGUCUUCUCCUUCUUCAUCACGCUGCCCCUCAGCCUCGGCCCCAUCGUCGUCAUCUCGGUGGUGUCGUGUGUGGCGCACACGCUCAUUGUGGGGGUCACCGUGGCCCAGCAGCAGCAGGACAGGCUGAAGGGGAUGCAGUUGCUCAGAGAGAUCCUGGCCAACGUCUUCCUCUACCUGUGCGCCAUCGUCGUGGGCAUCAUGUCCUACUACAUGGCGGACCGCAAGCACCGCAAGGCCUUCCUGGAGGCCCGCCAGUCGCUGGAGGUGAAGAUGAACCUGGAGGAGCAGAGCCAGCAGCAGGAGAACCUGAUGCUGUCCAUCCUGCCCAAGCAUGUGGCUGAUGAGAUGCUAAAGGACAUGAAGAAAGACGAGAGCCAGAAGGACCAGCAGCAGUUCAACACCAUGUACAUGUACCGCCAUGAGAACGUCAGCAUCCUCUUCGCGGACAUCGUGGGCUUCACCCAGCUGUCUUCCACCUGCAGCGCCCAGGAGCUCGUGAAGCUGCUCAAUGAGCUCUUUGCCCGCUUCGACAAGCUGGCGGCCAAAUACCACCAGCUGCGGAUUAAGAUCCUGGGCGACUGUUACUACUGCAUCUGCGGCCUGCCUGACUACCGGGAGGACCACGCCGUCUGCUCCAUCCUCAUGGGGCUCGCCAUGGUGGAGGCCAUCUCGUAUGUGCGGGAGAAGACGAAGACCGGGGUGGACAUGCGUGUGGGGGUGCACACGGGCACUGUGCUGGGGGGCGUCCUGGGCCAGAAGCGCUGGCAGUAUGACGUGUGGUCCACCGACGUCACUGUGGCCAACAAGAUGGAGGCCGGCGGCAUCCCCGGGCGCGUGCACAUCUCCCAGAGCACCCUGGACUGCCUGAAAGGAGAGUUCGACGUGGAGCCCGGCGAGGGGGGCAGUCGCUGCGAUUACCUAGAGGAGAAGGGCAUUGAGACCUACCUCAUCAUCGCGUCCAAGCCAGAGGUGAAGAAAACCGCCUCCCAGAAUGGCCUCAACAGCUCGGCCCUGCCAAACGGAGCGCCAGCGUCCUCAAAGCCCAGCUCCCCUGCCCUUAUCGAGACCAAGGAGUCCAAUGGGAGUGUCCACACCAGCGGCUCCACAUCGGAGGAGCCCGAGGAGCAGGAUGCCCAGGCCGACAACCCCUCGUUCCCCAACCCUCGCCGGAGGCUGCGCCUUCAGGACCUGGCUGAUCGGGUGGUGGACGCCUCUGAGGACGAGCACGAGCUCAACCAGCUGCUCAACGAGGCCCUGCUCGAGCGGGAGUCCGCGCAGGUAGUGAAGAAGAGGAACACCUUCCUCCUGUCCAUGCGCUUCAUGGACCCUGAGCUGGAGACCCGCUACUCCGUGGAGAAGGAAAAGCAGAGCGGGGCCGCCUUCAGCUGCUCCUGCGUCGUGCUGCUGUGCGCGGCCCUGGUGGAGAUCGUCAUCGACCCCUGGCUGAUGACCAACUAUGUGACCUUUGUGGUUGGAGAGCUUCUGCUUCUGGUCCUGACGGUCUGCUCGUUGGCUGCCAUCUUUCCCCGGGCCUUUCCUAAGAAGCUUGUGGCCUUCUCGACGUGGAUUGACCGGACACGUUGGGCCAGGAACACCUGGGCCAUGUUAGCCAUCUUCAUUCUGGUUAUGGCAAAUGUCGUGGACAUGCUGAGCUGCCUGCAAUACUACAUGGGACCCAUCAAUGGCACCUCGGGGAUGGCGACAGAGGAUGGCUGCAUGGAGAACCCCAAGUAUUACAACUAUGUCGCCGUGCUGUCCCUCAUCGCCACCAUCAUGCUGGUGCAGGUCAGCCACAUGGUGAAGCUCACCCUCAUGCUGCUUGUCACGGGCGCUGUGGCUGUCAUCAACCUCUGUGCCUGGCGCCCCAUCUUUGAUGAAUAUGACCGCAGACGUUUCCAGGAACACGGUGUUCCUCUGGUCGCCUUAGAGAAGAUGCAGAUACUCUCCACCCCAGGGCUCAAUGGCACUGGCAGGCUGCCCCUGGUGCCUUCUAAGUACACGAUGACAGUGAUGAUCUUCGUCAUGAUGCUGAGUUUCUACUACUUCUCCCGCCACGUGGAAAAACUCGCACGGACACUGUUCUUGUGGAAGAUUGAGGUCCAUGACCAGAAGGAACGUGUUUACGAGAUGCAAUGCUGGAAUGGGUCCCUGGUCACCAACAUGUUGCCCAAACAUGUGGCACGCCAUUUCCUGGGGUCCAAGAAGAGAGAUGAGGAGCUGUAUAGCCAGUCUUAUGAUGAGAUUGGAGUCAUGUUUGCCUCCCUGCCCAACUUUGCUGACUUCUACACCGAGGAGAGCAUCAAUAAUGGUGGCAUUGAGUGUCUGCGCUUCCUCAAUGAGAUCAUCUCAGAUUUUGACUCUCUUCUAGACAAUCCCAAAUUCCGGGUCAUCACCAAGAUCAAAACCAUUGGCAGUACCUAUAUGGCAGCUUCCGGAGUCACGCCAGAUGUCAACACCAACGGCUUUACCAGCUCCAGCAAGGAGGAAAAGUCAGACAAGGAGCGCUGGCAGCACCUGGCUGAUCUGGCUGACUUUGCACUAGCCAUGAAGGAUACGCUUACAAACAUCAACAACCAGUCCUUCAACAACUUCAUGCUGCGCAUAGGCAUGAACAAAGGAGGGGUCCUGGCUGGGGUCAUUGGAGCCCGGAAACCACACUACGACAUCUGGGGCAAUACAGUCAACGUCGCCAGCAGGAUGGAGUCCACAGGGGUCAUGGGUAACAUUCAGGUGGUAGAAGAAACACAAGCCAUCCUUCGAGAGUACGGCUUUCGCUUUGUGAGGCGGGGGCCCAUCUUUGUGAAAGGAAAGGGGGAGCUGCUAACCUUUUUCUUGAAGGGGCGUGAUAAGCCAGCCGCCUUCCCGAAUGGCUCCUCUGUGACCCUGCCCCACCAGGUAGUAGACAACUCCUGAAUGGCUGCUAGCCCCAGGGAGGAUGUAUCUUUUGGAAUCAAAGACCUUGGGAAAGGACAAAUGACUAAGUCCCAACAGUCCCAAAUUGCUGAAGUGCACACUCACAUAGACUUUAGAUUUAAAAAUCCCCUCAAGGCUUCAUUUCGUGAGCUCUGAGGGUGGCCGUACUAUUUAUUCCUCAGUGUGCCUGUAGCUCCCCCAGAGUAAGGGUCUUAGGCAUAGCACUGGACCAGCCCUUCUUCCCCCACAGAGGCCAUGGCCACUGUGAGCAGGAUGUAUCAGAGGCGGGAGCUCAGCUGGAGGGGAAGCUGUGGCAGGGCCACUAUGCUGGUGAAUGUCUGCUCCCAGCUAUAACUUGAAAGCUGUGCUUUUCAUUCUGAAGACAGCACCAGCUGGAGACCUGUCUCUGUAUGAUCUGAGUUAGGUCAAAGGGCCCGGUCCUGAUAAUCUUGAAAGGUUCUUCUGGAACCCCUGUCACCUUAGUCCUGGGAGGAGAAAGUGCAAUAUUUCCUGUUACCUGGUGGGAGGGAAAGGGAGUUUAUUUCUGAAAGAAAAAUAUAUCAACAGAUCUACAUUUAUAUUUUUAACUUUCUGUUAAAAAACACUUUCCGAUAUUGCCUUGCCUUUUGAGCUCUUGCUACAGUCGCCUUUGCUACUGCUUUAAAAGAGAAUUUACAGGUAUUGAUAAAGAAUAAGACUGUUUUAUUAAAAGUUUUCUUCAACUUGAAUGUGAUCAUUGUGAAAAUCCUGUUAAUACCUCUCCUCAGAGAAGUGCUUUUUGGUAACUACCUUCCUGGAAGGCACAAGAGCUUGAACUAAGACCUCUCUUACUUUUUAGGUGCUUUCUUCUAAAUGGUGGUCCUAACUGACUUACCACUACGUGCUCCUCCCAGCGUUAGCUGGUGUUCCCACACCUGUACAGUUACUUCCUGGUCACCAGGUCUAGGAAGUGACCAUUUUAGAGUGAGUGGGGCUUGGGUAGUAAUGACGCCUAUUUGUGACUGGCCAAAGUGGGACAGGACCUGAAAUGGCAGAACCUGGCCCUAUACAUACUCCCUUAAACCAAAGAAAGUGCCAGCAGAUCCAAGGCCCUGGUUAUCAGACCA